UUUCGCUUCACUCGCUCUCUCGUCAAGCAACCAGUUCGGACGUCAGCUCCUCCGCUCGCUCACCUCGGCGCUCGCCUUCUAUUUGUGUGGUUCCUCGCCAGUGUUCAGGUACGGAGACCCUUCCACUUCCCGCUAUGUCUGAAGCCGAAGCCAAGCCCGCAGCUGCGACACCCAAGGCCAAGGGCCGCAAGUCCGCUGCCGGAGGUGCCAAGAAGGCGAAGAAGCCCGUCAGCCACCCCAAGUACACCGAGAUGGUGAAGAAGUCCAUCGAGGCCCUGAAGGAGCGCGGUGGUUCUUCUCGCCAGGCCAUCCACAAGUACAUCAUGAGCCACUUCGACGUCGGCAAGGAUACCAAGGUAGUAAACACCCACCUCAAGCUUGCUCUCAAGCGUGCUGUCCAGUCCGGCCUGCUCAAGCGAUCCAAGGGCACCGGAGCGUCUGGUUCCUUCCGCCUGGCCGAGAAGGCGACGGCCGGCCCAAAGAAAGCUACUGGAGCCAAGCGUGGACCGAAGAAGGCUGCCGGAGGAGCGGCGAAGCCCAAGAAGGUGGCGAAGCCCAAGGCUGCCAAGUCUCCCGUCAAGAAGGCCGCCAAGCCGAAGGCGGCGAAGCCCAAGAAGGCUGCCGCGGCCAAGCCUAAGGUUGCGAAGAAGCCCAAGAGCCCCAAGAAGGCGAAGUCUCCAAAAAAGCCGAAGGUUGCAAAGAAGGCAGCACCCAAGAAGGCGGCGGCGAAAAAGUAAGGCCGUUCUCGUCACUUGUGGCCCACCGCACGUCAUCCACUUCAUCCCUCACGCUCAUCAAAGGCGCAGUGCAGCAUUGCGAGCACGUAAGCCGCUAACAGAACUUCGUCACCCUUGUCAUGUCCAUCGACGGCUCACCCUCAUCAAGCCUACCCGAGUGCCGCAAGCCACGGGGACACGCAUCUGUAAAUAUCUUCAUCCAGUGCAUCUCAUGGCGAUUUUUGUCACAAACUGAUAAGUUAUCUCGUGUCUUACCACCUUCAUAUGUUUGUAUAUAGCUCUUCAUUCGCCAUGAUCAGGGUCGCUUUUAUAAUAAAAGCGUGUUCCACAUUUA